AUGGAUGAAGAUGCCUCAAGCAACUUUUUAUUGAAAGAUUUAUUAGAAACGUAUAAAAUUCAGAAUGAUGAAGAGAUUGAGUUUUCGGAGCAGUGGGUGAACAAUAAUAGUGACAACCUUUCAGUCAUUGACUCUAUGGAAGAUGACGACUAUCAGCGUUAUGUGGAAGAGUUUGACAACAUUGUACAAAAGAGACAAGACCCUUCAGUGAUUCCAGAAGGAGAUGCAUUUCUCACUGCCAUAGAAGACAAGGCAACAAUUGGUCUGGAUGACGAUUUUGAAGAAAUCCACAAGAUGUUGGACCAAGAUGAUUUUGUUGAAGAAUAUCUCUCAACUGUGAAUGAGCUUAAAAAUUCAAUUGUUACAGCUAUCAAAGAUAAAGUGCAACAUGUACCCAUGACACGUGUUGAAACGCCAAGAUUACUCAACAAAUCACUAUCUUUGGAAAAAAUAGAGACACCCCGAACAGUUGAAACCGCUCCAACAAGCAGUAGGGAUUCUAUAGAGACACUUCAUUUUAAAACAUACCAGAAACCAAACAAAUUGAACAGAGAACAGAGUGCUUCUCAGGAAUUCUUGCAAUCAGAAAUAUUAAAAAGAAAGUUUGAGGAAGAAAAUAGGAAGAGAAUAGAAGAGGAGCAAAGAAUUGAAAAAGAACUCCAAGAGCAAAAACGAAAAAUCUUGGAAGAGAAAAGAAAAAAAGAAGAAGAACGAAAACGAGAAGAAGAGCAACGAAAAAGGGAAUUAGAAGAGCAAGAGCGAAAACUGCUUGAACAUCAACAGGAAAUUCAGAAAAAGAUUGAGCUUGCAAAUCAAAAAAGACAGCAAGAGCUGCUUGAAGAAGCAGAAAAGCAAGCAAGACUGAAAGAACUUAUUAUUAAGAAAAAAGAAGAACAAAAAAUUAAGGAAGAACAAGAAAAAGAGCGUCAACGGCUCGAAAACAUUAAAAAAUCUGAAGAGAGAAAGAGAAAAAUUGAGCUUGACAAACAGAAAAAGGAGGAAGAAAGGAAACGAAGGAUGGAAGAAGAAAGAAAGAGAAAGGAAGAAGAGCAAAAGCGCCAAGAGGAGGAAAGAAAAAGAAAAGAAGAGGAAGCAUUGAAAUUACAGAGAGAACUGGAGUUACAACGACAACUUGAAGAAAAGAAAAAAGACCUUGUUAAAGCCAAAGAAAACAAACGACUCUAUAUUAUUAAGAUUAUUACUGAGGCAAUACAAACCUCCAAGAAAAAUAGUGGGUGGAUUGUCUUGGAGCGACUAAGUUUAUGGAAAAGACAUGUACAAAAAUUCUUCAACCCUCCUCCUGUUCCAUCUAUUUCAUCGACUCAAGAUUUAAAACCAGCUCAAAUAACCAAGUCAAAUAUUAUUUUGGAUGAAGAUGUCAUUGACAACUCUAUGCCUUUUGAGAAGGACAAUUCACAAGUCACACAUAUCAAUAUUCGAGGAGAAGAUAUUUCUUCAGCAAAAAUUAAUUUAUUUACGGCCUUUCCAAAAGUGAGAGCUCUCAUUUUGGAUACUAAUUUAUUUCAAAGCCUCUCAUCUUUAAGUGGCCUUUCAUCACUAGAAACACUUUCGGUGAAUGACAACAGACUGUCCACAAUAGAUAUUCCAAGAGAGAGCGUAUCAAAGUUGAAAGAAUUAUAUGCUCUCGGUAAUAAUAUUUCUUCAAUAACGCCUCUAAAAAACACAAAUCAGCUGAGAAGCAUUAAUUUAUGCAACAACAAAAUUCAAGAUUUAUCCGGUAUUCAGAACAAUAGGAAGUUGCAAUAUCUUCGAGCAGACAUUAAUAAGCUCAUUGAUUUAAAAAUUUUAGACGCAUUUAACAAUUUGAGCUAUCUUGAUGUUGGAUAUAAUGAACUUGAAAGUAUAGACCAAGCUCUCAUGUUUAACCUUCUUUUGGAGGACGUUAUUUUGUAUCAAAACAAAAUUUCUUCCAUACCAUCAUUCCAUCACGUUCUCCUAAAGAGCUUGUAUCUGAACUCAAAUCAGUUGACAUCCUUGCCCAAUUCAUUUUUGUUUUCUCCUUUGAUACAGUACCUUAAUUUGAGUGGAAACAAACUGGAGCACCUUUCUCCACUUUCAGGUUGUAUUAUGCUGCGAAACAUCAAUCUAUCAUUUAAUAAUUUGCAAUCAAUUGAUGAACUACUUCAUCUGAGAUUUUGUAGAAAUAUUGAAGAACUCAAAUUGAACGAUAACCCAAUAGCUCGAGGCGUUUUGUACAAGGAGCUUUCAAUUGCUUUGCUGCCAAAUUUGACAAGCCUAGAUGGAGAGGUAGUGAGCUCGUUGGCCCGACAGAAUGUAUUCUCUCAUUUUGUUUUUUACUCACCAAGAUUAACAGGCCAUGUUGUAUCGUUCAUUAAUCACUCUCUCAAAAGAGCAGUUCCAUCCAUUAAUAGUUCAAUAUUUAGAGAGAAUCAAUACAAAUUUAUGAGAGACGCGAUUACCUUAGAUAAAUCUCAGAGAAGCCUACAGUCUCUCAAAACAAACGAAUGGAACACAAAAACAACGUACUAUUACAUGUGUUCACGACACAUUAAUGAAAGGUCACAAUUCAGCAAUUACCAUCAAUGUAUUUCGUCAGAAAAAGUAACAGAGAAAAACUUUAAAGAUGCACAAAUGAGAUUUUCACGAAGACUCGACAAUAGAUUAUCUCAAUAUGAUGCAAGAUUAGACCAAAAGAAACAGCACUUUGAGGAACAUUUCAAUUUUAACCCAAAAAAACACCAAAAUGUUUUUGCCCUAAACACAGAAUAUGAAGAAAAGUUAAAGAGAUUAAAUGCUGCCAUUCUUAUCCAACGAUGGUUCAGAUCAUGGCAAGUAAGGAGAAAGAAGCGACUAAGAGAAUGUGAACAAAAGGCAGCCAUCGAAAUUCAACGAAACUGGAGAGGUUACAUCACAAGAAAAAAGAAUCUCGAUUGGAUACUACGUGCACUACACAAGAGACACAUGGCUGCUACAAAAAUUCAGUCUGUCUGGAAAGGAUACAGGGUAAGGUCAAUUCUGAAGAAAGCAAGACAAUUUGAGGCAGAUGAAAUAUUUGAAUUGGAAUCUGCUGUGGAUGACAUUGAAUAUCCUGCGAGUAUCAUGAAUGAUUGUCUUCCCAUUAAUAUACCCGAGAAUAGAGCGAAAAAGAAAAUCGAUGUCUAUUACUACAAUGUACAUACAAAAACAAGUCAUGGAGGUGACGAAUCUAUUAAGGAACUGUAUAGAAGCGCUAAUUUGAACAAGUCACAAGUGUUAUCGCAAGAAAGCACUAACUCAACUCUUAAUAAUGUAAAUAGACCAGAAAAACGAUUGACGAGAAGUGGAUGGAUGGCUGAAGAAGAUGAAGCCAAUGAUUCACACGAGUCUUCUCAUCUUGACGAAACAAACACCUCAAUUCAGAGCACUUCCAGUUCUCAAAAAUCAUCAUCUUCGGCUCAAAUUGCAAACUCCAAUCUUGAAGCCAUCAAAAACACUUGGCAUUUCAAGAAUAUUGAAACAGCAAAGGAUUUAUUUGCUAAAAACAGCCGAGUCCAAAAAAUCAAAAAACAAAAACAAUUAAGAGAAGAAAUGAAAGACCCAAUGAAGCGAUUGGAGAUGUUCAAAAAGAAAUCGAAUGCUACCACAGCAAGCGUUCUUCCAAACAAAACCAAAAAUUCAACCAACAAACAAAAUCUUGUCACUCACACCACCCAAAUAUGUGACACAGACAUGGACUUGAGGUCACUUUCGUCAUCCGAUACAGAUUCAAGGCAUUCCUCCUCUGAGAAUUUACGUCUUCCCAAAAUCAAUAACAAACCAAGAGGAAGGUAA